CGUUGAAGCGUCUCUUCCAUAGCUUUAAAGCAGGCGCCUAUCUCUUUUUCUCUAAGAAUCCUUCAAUCUCUAUAGAGCGUGAGAGAGAGGGGAAAAAAGGGAAGAAAGCGUUAGAGAUCUCUUUUUGUACGUCUAAUCAUAAGGGAAUGGCUUCAAGAAACGGUGCUCAACUGCAUAACAGAGAGGCAAUAAACGGUGGGCAAAAGCAAAAGAACAUGGCGGCCGCUGGGGCAGAUGGAAGGAACCGCCGGGCUCUUGGUGAUAUUGGGAAUCUGGUUACAAUUCGAGGGGGGGCUGAAGGUGGCAAGGUUAAGAUACCUCAGGUUUCUCGCCCUCUCACCAGGGGCUUUUGUGCUCAACUUCUUGCCAAUGCACAAGCUAACGCCGACAACAAGAACAAGAAAUCUAUGUCUGUAAAUCUUGAUCAAGGGGAAUUUCCUGCAAGAAUCCCAAGAAAGCCUCAUCUGAAGAAACCUUCUAUUCCAACUUCAAAUCCUCCCAAACCUGAGGAGGUGAUUGUAAUCAGCCCUGGCACCGCAGAUCAGAAAGACAAGAAGAAGUUUCCCAAAAAAUCAUCCUCUGAUGAUGGCUCGUCUUACAAGACUUCCUACACUUCAACUCUCACUGCUCGAAGCAAGGCUGCUUGUGGACUCAAGAGCAUAAAAAAACCUAAUGUGUUCAUUCAAGAUAUUGAUGCUGGGGAUGAAUACAAUGAAUUGGCAGUUGUUGAGUAUGUAGAAGACAUCUACAAGUACUACAAGGAAGCUGAGAAUGAAAAUAGGGUCGGUGAUUACAUGAAGUCACAACCCGAGAUCAAUGAGAGGAUGAGAGCAAUCUUGGUUGACUGGUUGACUGAAGUCCACCACAAAUUCGAACUGACAUCAGAGACUCUAUACCUGACAUUCAACAUUGUGGACAGAUACCUGGCAUCAAAGGCAACAGCAAGGAAGGAUCUGCAGUUAGUCGGCAUUAGUGCAAUGCUUAUAGCUUCCAAGUACGAAGAAAUAUGGGCCCCAGAAGUCAACGACUUUGUGUGCAUCUCAGACAGGGCGUACACACAUGAACAAGUCCUGCAGAUGGAGAAGCUGAUUCUUGGGGAGCUGGAGUGGUACCUGACCGUCCCAACCCCAUACGUUUUCCUCGUGCGGUUCAUCAAGGCUUCCUCUGGUGCGAUCCCUGAUUCAGAAAUGGAGAACAUGGUCUACUUUCUGGCAGAGCUGGGGAUGAUGAAUUAUGCGGCCGCCGUCAUUCACUGCCCGUCCAUGAUUGCUGCUUCGGCGGUGUAUGCUGCUAGGUGUGCGUUGAACAGAACCCCGUCUUGGAAUGACACGCUGAGGGUUCACACUGGAUUCUCUGAGGGGCAGCUGAUGGGUUGCGCCAAGCUUCUAGUUGGUUACCAUCUGGAGGCUGCUACUCAUAAGCUGAGAGUCAUCUUCAAGAAAUACUCUCUUCCCCAGAGAGAUGCCGUUGCUAUUCUUCCACCUGCCAAGUCUCUCUUGGCGCCUGCUGCUGCUACCUAAAAGUUGUGAAUUUGCAAAAAAAAAAUGAUCUCUUUGAUCAUUUGCUUAACAUUCAAGACUACCAUUGUGUUUUUUAGUUCAAAUGUUGUCUUUUAUUUCAUUAUUCUUUUGACUGGAUUCUGAAAAUUGAUGGAAGAAUUUAUCCUUUUUUAUCAUUCUUAUUUUUACUGAUUAUUACUGGGGAGUUGUGGGG